AUGGCAGACUGGAAGUCGCAGGUCAGUUACAACUACAAUCCGUCUUACCAUGCCUACGCCUACGGCCUCGUGUACCAACCCGGGCCCGACAAACCCCACGGGAACCUGCCCAGCUGGGGCGAAGCUGGAGUCACGGAUUUGAACAACUAUAACGGGGUGACACAGGCCUACUACGCCACCACCGCCAGGACCCAAGACCAGUCCCCGCCGGGCAGUCCGGAGCAGCAUGUCGUGAACGGCCAUUGUCACUACCAGGGCUCCGGGGUUGUGUACCUCGGUGACGCCCAUGCAGGCCGUCUGCUCCUCACCGGACCACACCGGGCUGCAUAUGACGCAGGAGCACACGAGGCCAGACUGGACGGAAGCGAUUCAACCAGCGACUCCGAGGCGCACGCCUCACCAGAUUCAUGGAGUUCUGGCAGUAGCAGAGAAGGACGUCUCCCCCAGGCAGACAUGGCCACCUGGGCAAAACACGAGCUUGACGACGAAGCGAGCAGCAGGAGUCCUGAUGCCAGCGAGGAUAUUUCUAGCACUCUUGUGGAGGAGCCGAGGACCUUUGCGCCCACAGGGAAUACGGGCAUGGACACAAACACCUCUCAUCAUGUGCCCUUAAGUGCCCCAAAGAAGUCAUGCACUACCGCUGCAAACAUCCCUAAAGCAAAAGUUCGAGCAGCCUUCUCGGAGAGUCAGAUGAAUGCUCUUGUGCAGCGCUUCAGUGUGCAGAGGUACCUCACCCCAGCUGAAAUGAAGAACCUGGCUGAACUGACAGGGAUGACCUACAAACAGGUUAAGACUUGGUUUCAGAACCGAAGGACAAAGCUAAGAAAGCACCAGAAAGAAACCAGCUGGGUGUCUGAACGCGACACCACAAACAAAGGCAGCCCAAUUCACGGAACCAUCUUCACCAACGUUCCCUCACACAUCCCAUCUUAUCAAGGAGAAGCCCGGCCCCAGCUCAAGGAGCAUUACAACCAGCACAUGAUGGAGGCAGCCUUCAAGAAGACCGCUCCACAGAACUUGGCCUUCUAUCUGGCUGCUAUGGGCUCUGCUGCUGGAUCUGGUGGCUACCCCUCCUGGUCCCCUGGCCAACCCCAGACUGCAAUGCCCAGCAGGCCCCAUACGGCUGGCUGGUCCAUGCCCCCAGGCAUCAGCCCUUAUGAAUACAAUCACAGUGCAUUCAACUCAGCCAGCGUUGCCCCUGCAAAUAACACGGGCCACGACACAAGCUUUGAAUGCAAAGAUGUGGAGCCCGUCAACAACCGCACCUCCGUAAACAUCGCCAUAGCACAUAACAUCAGCCAGUAG